AUGGAAGUUCUAUCGAGCGCCCUUAAAGCGCAAUUCCUUUUCCCUGCAACUGCCGUGGCCGCAGUUUUGGUCUGUGCGAUUUUGAAAACUGUGUCAAAUGGCCAUGCCACCAGCGCUUCAGAAUCUAAGUCCGAAGUAAAAGCCUCCCCAACUAAAAAGUCUCCUGUGAAGGAGAAGCAGACACCCACGAAAGAGCAGAAUGCUGCCAAGAAAGACAAAGAAAAUAAAAAGGCUGAAGCACCCGCUCAAAAGAAAAAUGAUAAAAAAUCUGCAGCCACCACUAAAAAUAAUCAACAGGAUGAUGUGAAAGUUAAGAAGAGCUCCAAAAAUAAGCAACCCGAAGAAAAACCUCUAGACUUUGAUGAUGGCAACUGGGAAACAGUUUUGACCAAAAAUGAUAAAAAGAAUCGCAAGAACCUAGAAGAGGCUAAAAAGGAAAGCCCCAAGAAGAAUGCUAAGAAGGAAAAGAAAGCUGAGGUUUUAGAUAACAAGAAACUUGAAGAAGUCACAAAAGAAAUUAAAGACAAAGUUAAUGAACAGCAAAAGGCUGCUGCAGAAGUUGAAAAGAUCAAGGAAGUUGUGCUUACACCGGUAGUUGAAGCUGUUAAAGAGGAAGCUCCUGCUGAUGAUAAGAAGAAGGCUAAGAAAGCUAAGAAGUCGAGUCAACCUAAGGUUGAAGCUGAGAAAAAGGAAACCAAGAAGGAAGUGAAGAAGGAAGUUAAAAAGGAGGUCAAAGCAGUCGAAGAGGAAGCUGUUAAAGUUGCAGUUGAGCCUGAAGUUGCUAAAACUGCUGCACCUGCACCGGUAUCAGACCAGCCUGUUGCUUUUGAUGAAUUGGGAGAUGUGUGGACCGAGGCCAAAGCUGCAAAGAAAACCAAGAAGAAAGCUCGCAAGGAAUGAAUAAAUAUCACAUUGUAGAUAAUUACUAGAAGAAAAAUUGACGAGUUCUUGUCUUGUCUGUCUAAAUAAUACAAGACACUCGUGUGAUGGUUUGUAUCAUAUCUGUCAGUCGUAUAAAUGCGGUUGAAACUUCAGAAUCAUAUGCUGAUAUAAUUUUGGUUUUUGAAACAUAAUUUUGUUGAAUGUUUCUAAGUUUUAUCGAGUGAAAAGUGCACUGCCUUUUCUCAGCUGGUACCUGAGCUUUGUAAAAAAAAUUGUUUUAGUCAAAGUACAUGCAGCUUUUGUUGAGAUAAAUAAUUAAUAAAUCAAAGGCUGCAUGUAUUUAUAUUUUGUAAAGUGUAAUAACUUUUUCGGGAGAAUGAUUUUUAGAGAUUGUGUUUUUAGAUUUUGUUUGCGAAAUGACCAACUAAUUGUUAACAACGAUGUUUUUUUUAUUGUUUGAAGAUAUUAAUAGUUUAGAAUGAAAGUAAACUCAUUGUAUUAGGAGGUCCAACAGAAUUAGGGUCGAUUUAUACA